CGGAGGAAGACAAGGACGUGGACCGAGCCGAUCGACGCCGCCGCCGCCGCGCCUAGUGCACGAGCAGACGCCCCCACCCGGUUCACCCUCCCUCCUCCCCCUCCAUGACCCACCCGCUAACCCUUCACCCCCGCCCAGCGGAAGUUCGGAAGCCCAUCCUUUAUCGGGGGCGGAGCACUCCGACGAGCUUGCGACCUGCCACCGCAUCUUCUUCCCUUCCCCCUAUGCGGAGGUGACCAGAGCAGGGGCGGCGUCUCCAACUCCGAGUAGCAGAGAAGCGCCGCCAUGCACUGCUUCCGGUUCCCGAGCUGGGAGCGGGAGCGGGACGGCGACGAGCGGCGGGGGCCGGCGACGACGACGACGAAGACGACGGGGCGGUCGCUGUCGGCGCGGUCCACCAGCAGCACCACCUCCACCACGGACCCCGACGUGCGGCGGUCCGCGUCCGAGUGCUGCUCCCUCAACGCGUCGGAGCUCAGCAGCGCCGGCUCCCUGGGCCGGUGCCGGCAGCUGUCUCUGUCGUCGCAGCGGCCGCCCAACGCGCUCCGCGUCUUCACCUUCCAGGAGCUCCGAUCCGCCACCCGCGGGUUCAGCCGCGCGCAGAUGCUCGGCGAGGGCGGCUUCGGCUGCGUCUACCGGGGCAACGUCCGGAGCGCGGCCGGCGAGCCGCGCCGGAGCAUCGACGUCGCCAUCAAGCAGCUCAGCCGCAAGGGCUUGCAGGGCCACAAGGAGUGGAUGACGGAGGUGAACGUGCUCGGGGUGGUGGAGCACGCCAACCUCGUCAAGCUCAUCGGAUACUGCGCCGAGGACGACGAGCGGGGGAUGCAGCUGCUGCUCGUCUACGAGUUCAUGCCCAACGGGAGCCUGGCGGACCACCUGUCGGCCAGGUCGCCGCGGCCGGCAUCGUGGGCAAUGAGGCUCAGGGUGGCGCUUGACACCGCUCGAGGGUUGAAGUACCUCCACGAAGAAUCCGAAUUCAAGAUAAUAUUUCGAGAUCUGAAACCAUCAAACAUUCUUCUCGACGAGAACUGGAAUGCAAAACUGUCAGACUUCGGCUUGGCAAGAUUAGGACCUCAAGAAGGAAGCCAUGUGUCCACAGCGGUGGUGGGGACAAUUGGAUAUGCAGCUCCUGAGUACAUCCACACAGGACGCCUCAGCACCAAGAACGACAUAUGGAGCUUCGGUGUGGUGCUUUAUGAGCUCCUUACAGGCCGGCGGCCUCUGGACCGAAAUAGGCCGAGAGGUGAGCAGAAUCUCGUGGACUGGGUGAAGCCCUACUCUUCCGACGCUAAGAAGCUUGAGACUGUGAUCGAUCCGAGGCUUCAGGGGAACUAUAGCAUAAAAUCAGCAGCCCAGCUUGCGUCAGUGGCAAACAAGUGCCUGGUGCGCCAUGCUAGGUACCGGCCCAAGAUGAGCGAGGUGCUGGAUAUGGUGCAAAAGAUCGUAGAGAGCAGCGAACUUGGAACACCGGAGCAUCCCCUGAUCAGCAAUUCAAAAGAAUUAGUGAGUGAUGAAAAGAAAAGGAAAGUCCUUGACUUGAAGAGAAGAAUUGCAGAUAUUAAAGCAGGGGAAGGGAGAUGGUUUGCAUGGCAAAGAUGGACGCCCAAGCUUGUGAGAACACAAUGAUUCACAGCAUCAGCAGAUGAGGUGUUCUUGCAUGGCUUGACUUGCAUAGUUAGUAGUGAAAACAGCAAGUGACUAAAAGAUCACCUGAAGUUUUCAUUUAGCAUACAGGUCUGAGAGCAUGACAAGUGUAAACAAACGGUUUGGUGCAGCCUAUGCGGACACUUUCUGUAAGCACAUGUAGGCAGUCUUCUCCACCCACCUGGAGGUUCCAUGUUUUUUAUCAGAGCUUAAUCAAAGAUCUAGGAGUAAUUUUUCCAAGUAGAAGGGUUAUUGUACAGUUUAACUUGGUUUUGUGAAGUGAUUUUUGAGUUGUAUUAAGUGCUAAGGGUAUUCAUGUAGUGUAUGUAGCUCAUUACUUCCUAUGUUUGCAGGUGUUGCACUUUGCAUGCACCUACCUGUAGAAUUCCUGUUUAUCUACAUUUGGCACAGCUGAUAUGCAUAAAAAGAAGAGGGGUAAUAUGUA